AUGGUGUUCGCGGACCUCAAGCCGUUCCGCCAGACGUUCGCCGAGGACCUGUCGACGCUGUUCGCUCGCGAGGUGACGCUCACGCUGCGUGACACGACGUACCUCAUGGGCCGCGCCGUCAUGAUCAUCGUCAUGGGUCUGCUGUACGGCUCGACGUUCUGGCAGAUGGACGACUCCAACAGCCAGCUCAUCCUGGGUCUGCUGUUCUCGUGCGCCAUGUUCCUGUCCAUGAGCCAAGCCUCGCAGGUGUCGACGUACAUCGAGGCCCGGUCGGUGUUCUACAAGCAGCGCGGCGCCAACUUCUUCCGCUCGAGCGCGUACGUGCUGGCCACGUCCAUCUCGCAGAUCCCGCUGGGUGUGCUGGAGACGAUCAUCUUCGGCGCCAUCACGUACUGGUUCGGCGGCUACGUGGACGACGUGGGCCGGUUCAUCCAGUUCCUGGCCACGCUGUUCCUGUGCCAGAUGUGGUUCACGAGCUUCUUCUUCUUCCUCUCGGCCGCGUCGCCCAACCUGACCAUCGCGCAGCCGCUCAUGAUGGUGGCCGUGCUCUUCUUCAUGCUGUUCGGUGGCUUCCUCAUCUCCAAGGGCGACAUUCCGGACUAUUUGAUAUGGAUCUAUUGGCUGGAUCCGCUCGCGUGGUGCACCCGGUCGCUGAGCAUCAACCAGUACCUGGCCUCCAAGUUCGACGUCUGCGUCUACCAGGGCAUCGACUACUGCUCGCAGUACAACCUGACCAUGGGCAAGUACAGCCUCGGCGUCUUCGACCUGCAGACCGACUCCGUGUGGAUCUGGUACGGCUGGAUCUACUUCAUCGCGGGCUACUUCGUCUUCAUCUUCGCCUCGUACUUCAUGCUCGAGUACAAGCGCUACGAGAGCCCCGAGAACGUGGCCAUCGUCCAGCAGGACGAGCAGGCCGCCCGUGACCAAAUGGUCUACAACCAGAUGCCGACGACCCCGAAGGAGCAGCACAACGCAAUUGAGGUCAACGAUGCCAUCGGCGGCGUCCCCACCAUCAGCAUCCCGAUUGAGCCCACGGGCCGUGGUGUCGCCGUGCCCGUGACGCUGGCCUUCCACGACCUAUGGUACUCGGUACCGCUGCCCGGCGGCGCCAACGACGAACAGAUCGACCUGCUCAAGGGCGUGUCCGGAUUCGCUCUACCCGGAACGAUGACCGCGCUCAUGGGCUCCUCCGGCGCUGGCAAGACCACGCUCAUGGACGUCAUCGCCGGACGGAAGACCGGCGGCAAGAUCCAAGGGAAGAUCCUGCUUAACGGCCACCCGGCCAACGACCUGGCCACCCGCCGAUGCACGGGCUACUGCGAGCAGAUGGACAUCCACUCGGACUCGGCCACGGUGCGCGAGGCGCUCAUCUUCUCGGCCAUGCUGCGCCAGGACGCCAACAUCUCGACGGCGCAGAAGAUGGAGUCGGUCGAGGAGUGCAUCGAGCUGCUGGAGCUCGGCCCCAUCGCCGACAAGAUCAUCCGCGGCUCGUCCACGGAGCAGAUGAAGCGCGUGACCAUCGGCGUGGAGCUGGCGGCGCAGCCCAGCAUCAUCUUCAUGGACGAACCGACGAGUGGCCUGGACGCGCGCUCGGCCAAGCUCAUCAUGAACGGCGUGCGCAAGAUCGCCGACUCGGGCCGCACCAUCGUGUGCACGAUCCACCAGCCGAGCACGGAGGUGUUCAACCUGUUCGAUUCGCUGUUGCUGCUGCGUCGCGGCGGUCGCAUGGUGUUCUUCGGCGAGCUGGGCGAGGACUCGAAGAACCUGAUCAGCUACUUCGAGGCCUUCCCUGGCGUGAACCCGAUCAAGCCCGGAUACAACCCGGCCACGUGGAUGCUCGAGUGUAUUGGUGCUGGUGUUGGAGGUGGCAAGGCUGCUGCGAACGCGGACCCGUCGCAGCCGACGGACUUUGCCGACCGCUUCUUGGUGAGCGACCAGAAGGUGCUGAUGGAGGAGGACUUGGACCAGGACGGCGUGCUGCGUCCUUCGCCGCACCUCCCCGAGCUCAAGUUUAUCAACAAGCGCGCCUCGAGCGGCUACGUCCAGUUCGAGCUGCUGUGCCGCCGCUUCUUCCGCAUGUACUGGCGCACGCCGACGUACAACCUCACGCGCUUGAUGAUCAGCGUGGUGCUGGCCUGCGUCUUCGCCAUCAUCUACCAGGGCACCGACUACAGCACGUACAGCGGAGCGAACGCCGGCAUCGGUCUCAUCUUCGUGAGCACCGUCUUCCUGGGCAUCAUCAGCUUCAACAGCGUCAUGCCCGUGGCCGCCGACGAGCGCACCGCUUUCUAUCGUGAGCGUGCUAGCCAGAGCUAUAAUGCGCUCUGGUACUUCGUUGCCGGCACGCUGGUGGAGAUCCCGUACAUCUUCUUCUCGAGCCUGCUGUUCAGCGUCAUCUUCUUCCCGAGCGUCGGCUUCACGGGUUACAUCACCUUCUUCUACUACUGGGUCGUGGUCUCCAUGAACGCGCUGGUGUUCGUGUACCUGGGCCAGCUGCUGGUGUACGCGCUGCCGAGUGUGGCGGUGGCCACGACGCUGGGCGCGCUUCUGAGCUCCAUCUUCAUGCUGUUCGCCGGCUUCAACCCGCCCACCGGCAGCAUCCCGACCGGGUACAUGUGGGUCCACUGGAUCUCGCCGCCGACGUACAGCAUCGCCAUCCUGGUGUCGCUCGUGCUGGGCGAUUGCUCGGGCGACAAGGUGGGCUGCGACGUGCUGCAGGACGCGCCGCCCACGAUCGGGGACAUGACGCUCAAGGAGUACGUGGAGGAGACGUUCGACAUGAAGCACGGCGACAUUUGGCGAAACGCCAUGAUCUUGAUCAUCCUCAUCGUGGUCUUCCGCGUGCUGGCGCUGAUCUCCCUCCGCUACAUCAGCCACCUCAAGCGUUAAGCUAGAGUUCGUAGGACAGGCAUGCUAAGCAUCGGUAAAAUGAAAAAUUAGAAAUACAGAUACCGGUAGCUGUUAUU